UUAAGGUAUAUUCCUAAUAGGAGGAUAAAGUGAAUUAAUCUAGAUACUUGUGUAUCUUUUAAGAAUAAUAGAUUUCUCAUUAUUUUAAUUAAGGUAAAUGAAGUAGAUAUAAAAAAUCUUCCAAUAAAGUGAUUAUAAACCGCUUUACGGAACCGGGAAAGUUUAUAUUACUUUAAGCAUUACUUUAGUGGGCAUCUUUAUAAAGUAGGGUUUACUCACUUUUUUAAUAGGGGGAAAUGGCAGAAGUUCUCUAUAAAGUUGAGAUAUCUCCUGGUCAGGAUAGUAAUAGUGAAUAUAAUAAGGAAGUUAAAGAUAACCAUGCUUACCAGGAAGAAUUUUUGUACGAUUGGACACUAAUAUGUAUGAGAAUUGAAAAUGGUAUAAAAUUAACUGAGCAAGUGAAAACUGCUUUGCAAGAAAGAGUUACUCUUGAGGAAAUGUAUUCAGUUGGACUUGAGAAGAUCUCAUCUAAUUUUUUUCCUCCAGCAACAGAAAGUUCAAGCAUGGCAUCAGCAGUGAAGGCUCUAAGGAGUGAAACAUUACGUAGAGCACAACAAUGCAGGGAACUAAGUGAAACUUUAAGACUCGAUAUUUUAAAUAAUACAUUAAAUCAGAUGUUAGAUAAUCAUAGGUUGGUUUAUUCUAGUUUGCAUGAAACGGGUUGCAAGUUGUCGGGGGAACUUCAAAAUAAAUACCUGCAAUUUAUCAAAUUUAGGAAUGAAUAUGCUUUAGCAUAUAAUUAUAUUGGAAAAUUAACUAAUAAAUACCAGAAUGAAAAAGAUAAACAUGAAAAAUCAGAUAUCAUCAUGAUAGCAAAUGAGAUUAUUAAAAGAUCAUGCUACACUUCAUAUAUAGAAGAGAAGUAUAUUGAGAGCAUAGAUAAUUUAAACAAAUUUCGUGAAUUUUAUGAAGCUGAGACAAAAAAAGUAUUAAAUAUUCUUGAAAGUAUGGAUAGCAAACGUUUGUUGUGUUUGAGGGAUGUUUUUAUGAAAACUAUUAUUUAUGACAUGAGUUAUAUAAGAAAUUUGCAAUAUGAUUCAGAUAACGUUAUAAAAGCAUUAGAAGCUAUUGAUAUAAGUAGUGAUAUGCAAGAGUAUGUAGGAAGAUUUGGGAAAAGUAGUAAAACUAGUUGUAAAUCUAAUGAGGCAUAUACUCAUAGUAAUAUUACGACUAGAAAGAGUUGGGCUGAAAUAGUAAGUGAACUGGAUAGUUUUAACAGUUCAGAUAACAAAAUUGAUGAUGAGCUUGAUUAUUCACUUAACAACAAAGAUAGUAUAAAGGGAUCUUUUGAUCUUCAUACUCUCGUUUCAUCUUUUGUAGGUCAAGAUGCAGCUAUAAAGGCACAAAAGGUAGCAAAGUUGAUAUUUUCACAAAUGAACAUUUUAGGUGAUAAUCCUAAUUUAUUAGAAGAUAAUUGCAGAAAUAUUUAUAACUCUAACUUGGAACUAAGUCAUGUCAAUUCUACUGAGGGACCAAAUACUUCUUUAGAAUCAUUAUCAACUAACUUUUCUACAUGCACUAUACAGACAGAAAGCAAGAAAUUAGAUUUACAGGGAAAUUCUGCAAAUUCAGAAUACCCUACCAUAUAUAAGACAUUUAUCAACAAAGUACUUAAUUCAGUUUUAAUAGUAGAAAUAUCUGAAAAUAUUUCAGAUAAUCUUAUUGAUGAAAUUAAGAAACUUGAACAAUUAGAUUAUGGAUUUAGAGUCACUCACAAUAGAUGCUGGUUUUCUAAUUUUUUACUUAAAGCUGUUCAAGAACAUGAUUGCAAGGUAAUAAUAAAUACAGAUGAUCAAACAAAAACCUACAUAACCAAAUUCAUUGAUAUAAUAAUGAUGUUAUUGACUUGUUGCCAAGAUAGUAAGGAUAUUUGGACAUUUAGGAUUAUUGUAAAUAUAUCUAGUAAAAUUAUUAUUGAUAGGAAGGAAUUAACACAUAUAAUAUAUCAUCAUGAAAUUUGGGAUACUGUAAAAUUCUGGGAGGAUUCACUAAUUUUGUGUAUAGCUGAAGAUUUCCAAUUCAAUUGCAUCAAAACCAAAAAAUUAACAGAUAAUUUAGAUGAUGACUUAUAUAACCAAGAAAUUGAGCAAUUCAAACAGAAUAAUUACUGCUGGCUUGAGUUAAAUAAUUUUGCGAUGACAAUGAAGUCAUUUGGAAUACCAGAUAUAUCUAUUAUAACACUCUUCACGAAGAUAUGUGGCUAUUACAAUUUAGAAAAACCUUAUUGUGACAAAUUGCUUGAGAAGCUAAAGUGUAAAGAAUAG